GUACAAUAUACCGCUGUCAAAAAACGUGGAGAUGAUGGUUAUAUAGCGAUUGACAACGUAACUAUUACGGAGCUGCUCGACGAUAAAUUCACUACAACAGGCAUACCAAUCACUAUGCCUACUUUCAUUGAAAAAACACAUACAAGGGCCGUGACAUAUGAACACCCAGGAAAAGAUUCUGGAAGGACUGUUCUGCCUACAAUUGGAAAAACGAGCUUGAAUAGGCCUAUAUCAAAGUCUACUAUAGAUGUAAACGCAGCUCGAAGGAAAAUGACUAUGUAUGUGUUCACACCACCGGUGGAGCAGUGAUUGGAAGCGACGAUGCGGCGACAACACUGACAGUGUGUGAUCAUUACUACGAAAACAUGAACUGUUCUGCCAAUCAAACAAAUUUGGCUAAGGGCCCAGAACGAAUAAGUAGGAAUAAUUGGAGGAAAUAUUUUCAACGUUCACGGUCAGGAAACGUUUGCUCAAUGGAAGGACAAGGUUCAUCUCCACAAAUAGUUAUAACAUCACCAGACGAAGCAUCGCGUUCUUCUUCUGACAUUAGACCGCUUUCACAAACACCCAUUUCUCUUAAGUGGACGCCAAAUCCAAAUUAUGAACAUUCUCUUGGAGAAGAACCACAGUACCAUGAACUUUCGUGCGAUGAAGGGGAAGCGGAAUCGUCGGAAAACGGCGCGGACCGUCUAGCAAAGAGCACAGGGUCGGAGAAACCACAUGUAUACGCUAAAGUUAAUAAAUCAACAAAUAAGACUGAAUGGGAAGAAAAUCCAAUAUAUGAAGGAGGCGAAGAAGUUGAAGAUAGCACCGCACUGUAGCAGUUAGUCCUUAAGCCCAUUAAGUCCAAGUUGAAUAUGUCAAACUAAAGCAAAAGCGCUGAUCAUUGCUGAAACGUAAACACAGUGCGGCGGUAUAAUGGUGGUGGACAUUAGAUAUGUCGUGACAGUACAAAUACCAAUAGGUUUUAAACGUGAGUAAUAAAAACAAUGCAAGGUUAUUUAAUCGCAUCCUACUUCUGUAACCGAAUCGUAAUAAUUCUCUGUCACAGUUGUCAAAAUCUCGUAGAUUUCUGUUUGUUUAUUUAGUAUUUUUAUCAAGAAUAAUUCGGUCACACCUGCGAACUUCUUUAACAUCCUGUAAAAAAAGUGUUUCUCUCAUUUCACGAAAUUAAGAUAAUAUUUUAAAAAAUAUAAUGUUAACGAAAACUCGAUUGGGUCUUUAAUUACACUUUCAUGAAAUAUCUUUUGGUAAUUUGCGUUAUUUUGUUUUUGCUAAGAACCGUUUGUAUUGUGACUGUCUGAAGAGUUAAAUAUGAAUGAAUGAAACAA